AUGGGGGUACCGAAUAAUAGCGAUCUCGUUUCAAGCGUUUGGCAACAGAACGUGGACGAUUUCUUCACGGAACUUGAUGGCAAGCCACUUCAAGCCGUGGAAGCCACCCAUGAACAUCAUGCACAUUCGGGACACUCGGAUCAUCAUGGCGCCGAGCAUCACAUGAUGAAAAUGUGGUUUCACGGUGGUUACGAAGAGGUGAUCCUUUUCGAGUUUUGGCGCAUCUCGACGCCAUUGGGACUCCUGCUGUCCUGUUUGGCCAUCUUCAUCAUGGGCAUCGCCUAUGAAGCGUUGAAAUGGAGCCGUGUUCACCUUCAGACGAGGCUUACAAGGUCUGUCACACCAGUAAACCGCCGCAGCGCACUGCAGUUCCUGUUGCCCGGCCUAUACGUGAUACAGUUAGUGCUUGCUUAUUGGCUGAUGUUGAUCGCGAUGACGUAUAACUACUAUCUGACGGCCGCUGUGGUGCUUGGCGGAGGUGUCGGCCAUUGGAUAUUCGCAAUCGUGGAUCCCACACAUGGCUUGCAAACCCUCGAGCGUGUGAUUGAGACGACAGUUUCUGAUCAGCAAAUCUCCUCUAUUGUCAGGGCUGAAGACUAUUUUCUUAUUCAUCACCGGCCCUACAACUAUUCUGAUUAUUCCAACGUAUCCGGAUCCACAAAGAACCCUUAUUCGCCAAAUUCCAGCUAUUAUUCAGCGUCGUCUUCGCCACAAACACCCCGGCAGGAUCCAUACAGCGCUUCUUACAAACCCAAGUCUCUCAUGGAAUCGUUGUUCGAUCCCAAGUACAAAUUCGUCGCAACUCCAUCAAAAACGCCUUCCGGCACCGAAUCGUUGCGCAGCCGACCCGAAGUUUCGCCGCGAAGUACUUCAAUUGGAUCUUCAACAAAAACCUGCGAAGCUGAACUAGACGCUCAGAAAAGCGAAUACAACGAGUUCCUCUACUCGAAAGUGCUAUCUGAUGAAGCCAGAAACGCCUUCCUUCAAGACAAAUAUUCGAUUGGAUCGAUCCCACUAGAAGCACCUACUAAAGAGAUUUGU